AUGGCUGGUAACGAUUCUUCAUUGGAGGGGAAAUGGCACAACGUAAGGAAGAAACAUUUUAGAUCUUGGGUUCCUACUUGGGACGUAUUCACAAAGGGAAAGGCGAAGCAAGGAGCUAAACUGGAAUCGAUUUUUGUGUCUCAUUUUCCUGUUAGAUGUGAGGCAAAGGAUCUGUUUCAGGUGUUUGGAUGCAUUGGGGAGAUUGUAGAGGUGGCUAUUUCACCUAGGAGGAACAAGGCAGGCAAAAGGUUUGGUUUCGCUAGGUUUGCAGAAGUUUCGGAUGCGCGUUUGUUGGCGGUGAAAGUCGACAAUGUGAUGUUCGACGGGGUCAAGAUUCAUGCUAAUGUGCCGAGGUUUUCGAGGAACAGUGCCGGGGUUUUACCGCGAGGCAAGUGGAGGAAUGAGGAGGAUCAUUUGCAUAACCAGGGAGGUCAGGGUCAUCUGAGACAGGGGUUCUCAAGGGGGUUUGUUCAUCCGACCAGGGACUAUCGCUCGUUCGCGGCCGUUGUGGCAGAGGAGAGUGCCGGUGUGGGCAAGGCGGCGAAUACGAAAACUCUUUUAGCUUUCUCCUCUAAAGCUGAAGACAGAGAUAGGCUGUCAAAGUCUUUGGUGGGGACGUUGCGAAUUCCGGGUUCAGGCAGGGGGAUUGAACAGAGGAUUGAAAGAUCUGGGUUUUUUGCUAUAAAAGCUAUUCCGCUUGGGGCUACAAAAUGCUUGUUGGAAGAGAGGGAGGAGGGAGCUUUGGGGGAUUUUAUAAAGGAGGGUAAGGAAUGGUGGCAGGAUUGGUUUUCUGAUGUGUCUGUUUGGAAGGAAGAUAGUUUCGACCAUUUCAGAACGGUGUGGAUUCGGAUAUGGGGUGUUCCGGUGGUGGCUUGGAAUUCUGAAUUUUUUCAAUCUCUGGCCAAAGAAUGGGGCACGCUGGUUUGUGUGGACGAAGCAACUGCGAACCGUUCUUCUAUGGAGAUGGCAAGGUUACAAGUGUUGGUGAAAGUUGGCGUGGUUUUUCCGGAGCUUGUGGAAGUUUCAAUUGAUAACAGAGUGACUAUCCUGGCAGUCCAAUUGGAAUCAUUUUUAUCCCUCAAAAGUUCAGGUAAUCACAGCAAUAUAUCUAAUAUUUCCGCUUCUUCGGACUCUAUUAGUUCCGAUGGCUUGUGGUCGGAAGAGUUUGUAGAUGUGGAGGAGGAGUCAGUUGAUAGCAUAGAAACUUUCUCAACUGUGUUGAGGGAGGUUGAACCGGUUUUGGUCAGGAAAACUGUCGCGGUUGUGGGAGGGAUUGAUGGGUCGGAAGAGGUUUCGGGGGCAGGAGAUUCUGGGGGCUCUUUUGUUCCAAACUCUGCAGGAAAGUCUCCGAUAGGUUGUUUUGAUGAAGCCGUGAGAUCUGUCGAUCAAUCGGCAAAGGGUGUCAUAGGCAUUUCUGAUUUACCUCAGGCUGAGGCAGAGGCACUUAAAGGGGCGGAUUUGAGUAAGGAGUCUGGCGAGGCGGAAACACCAGGGCCUCCUACCGGUGGGGUGGCAGCUGUUAGAAAGUCUUUUACAGGGGCUGGUAUAGUUUCAAAGAACUUUGUGACCUGUCCCAAAAGUGUGAAAUUUAAAAAACUUUUGGAGUUAGGGGCUGGCAGUUGCAUGAAGAAAAGAAAGAAUGUUAAAAAUAGGGAGUCCAAGAAAUCGGCUGGGGCCUGUUCUAAGAAGAAUAGGGGAGGGGUUUCUUUGGUGUCGGAAGAUUUUUCUCAAGUUGGGGCGGAAUCUAAUCAAGAUGAAGCCGAGGGGAUUUGUUACGAAAACCUAGCGGAGGGUGAUUUGAUUGGAAAAAACAAUUCUAAACAAUGGGAUUUGGUUAGUAAAGGAAUGGAGGGCAAUUUGAAGGUGGCAUUCGAAGACUUGGGGUUGAGUAAUCUGAAAGACCGUUUUUGCAUCACCAAGAGGAGAGGGAUAUUGGAUCUUGAUGAAAACUUAGUUAAUGAUUCAAGGAAGGAGUUUUCUACACCGUUUUAA